AUGCUAUCUACAACUACAAAUGAUGAUGAUGAAAUACGAAAAUCGAUACGAACUUUUAUUUCAAAAGCCAUUGAAUAUGCAACAAAAGAAGAGAAUUCAACAUCAAUUGCAUUCGCCGUUUCCGAUUCAUACAUUAAUGAAAUCAUUGUAGCACAAGAAAUGAUUGAUACGGCAAAACAUCAAUUAGAAUUCAAAAAUUUACAACUAAAAAUCUCUUUUAUCCUACUACCGGAACAGCGAACUUUACAUAGUCAAUUCUUCACUCUAAUUGGAACAAUGCAAGAUAUGUAUGCACAAUUCGAUUGGCCAAAUACAGUUAUCAAGAUCACGCUUAUCGCGUCCCAAGUUGAAGAGCUAACAAAAUGUCAGGAAAAAAUAAACAACUAUUUGAAGAGAUGUACUACGUCGAAGAAGUUAACAAAUCCAAAUGGCAUCUUCCAACAUUGGGAUCAAUACACCAUAAAUGUCUUCUAUAAGUAUUGUAAAGAUAAAUGCGUUUUGUCACAAAUUGAUAGAACAACAAGAGAACUCGAACUAAUUGGUCCUGUUAACAAUUGUCUUGAAGUUGAACAAAAGUGGCGUUUUCUAUCUGAUCUGGCAGCAGUAAAACUACUACUGACACCAUCAAUAGAACGUUCAAGUUCAGCAGCUAUUCGUUCAGAACAACUUGCUACUAAAGCUGCCAUCGAACAGGUUAAAGUCUGCAAUGUUAUGCUCAGUUAUUGUCAGGAAGACAGUAGAAAGUGUCAAUGUCUGAUUAAUAAACUUACUGAAGAGGGUUUCUCUAUUUGGGCAGACUCGGUAAUUGCCGAGCAACAGCGUGAUAUUUUCUCUCAGAUCGACAAAUCAACCUGUAUCAUUCUUUGUAUUAGUGAGAAUUAUUACGAAAGUAUGUCGUGUGAAAAAGAAGCUCGGUAUGCUUUUCAAUCAGGCAAACAAGUUUUCUUAGUGAAGAUUCAAAACCACCCACUAAUUGGCUGGCAACGAGAAGUAUUCGAAGGAAAAUUAUUUUUUCAAUUAUUUGGAUCAGAAAAUCAUUUUGAUUUGGAAUAUGAGAAGUUAUUACUUGAAAUAUUGCAAUAUAUCAAACUGGGCAAUACUUCUCUCCUACAGCAAAGAUCUAAUCGUCAACAAGAGAACAACGAAGAACAUCAAACUUUGUUGACAGCCGAAAAACGACGGUCUUUAUACGAAAAGAAGAUUAGAACACUUACAGAUAUCGGACGUAUAGACGAAAAAGAGAUGAAAACUCUAGUUAAACAGCUACAAAGUGUUCUUACGAAUAUUGAUGAAGAUGGAAAUGAAUUAAAGAAUGAAACUGAAGGAAGCAGUGAAGAUCCGUCGAGCGAUGAGAAUUCCUCAGAGUUGGUAAAGUGGAUAAAACGCUGGCUAAGAAAACCUACGAAUAUUACAAAGCAAAAUCUACCACCAUUUUCAGCAAGCGGUGAUAUCAAUGAUGCUGUAUUUCCAAUGCCUGAUUAUGUUUUAAAAUAUCUAAAUCAGUAUGUUGAGUCAUUUUCAUUAACGCAAUCUUCACCGGUCAAACUUCACAAUGUCUUUGAGUGUGAUAUUGUUAAACGAUCAAUUGAGCAACCAUCUAAGCGAGUCUUAUUUGGACCAACUUAUGUAGAUAAGGAGCGUACUUAUGGAAUAUGCACGCAGAAAGUAGAGUACGUUGAUGGUUUGUCACAAGUAUUUGCUACCGAGCGCAUUACUACUGAUGAUGAUUCACCGAAACCAACACGUUUACCGGUACUAUUGCCCGAAAUUCCAUUAUUGAAGAAAAAUCAAAUGAUCAGUCGUCAUAAACCAGAUGAUUUACAUAAAAUGAAAAAGGAGCAAAAAGAGGUCACUAAAUACUCCGCUAAAAAAUAUAUACCUCUUACUCGACAAGAACUGAAAACUUAUUUCGAAAAAUUUGCACAACGCAUGCAGGAAAAUGCUAUUCAAUUUGAAAUAUUCUGUUCGACAACUGCCACCGUUGCUCGACAACUUCGCCCAACAGAAUAA